CUGCUAGAAGUACACACACUCGAUCAGCCGGAAAGGGACUCCGUUGAGAGGAGAACCACUUUCAUUCUGUUAACGAACACGGAUUAGGCACAAUCCAACCGAAAAGGUCCUGUUGGAGCUUUGCUUGGUCGAAGCAUGAAGAUGAAUACAACCAAAAACGACUCUUGGCAGUAGGGAUUCUAUAACACAGCUGAAGAAAAAAGUAGACAAUCAAGACUUAAACCAAGACAUCACACAUAAUCCCGCCCAUACCCACUUACUGUACAGCAAACUCUCGGUCUACCGUAAACCAUGGUAGAUAACCGCUAUGCGACAGCCCUGGUCAUUGGGACAGUUCUGAGCCUUCUAGCUACAGUCUAUUUAUCUGUCGCUAUCGGAACCCAGCACUGGUACCAGUAUCACAGUCUGCCUACGAAAAAUGAAGCUAGCAACAUCUCAGAGCUCCAGGAAGAGUUCAUCCAUGACGAGUUUGAUGAGAGGGCCUACAGUGACACCCUUUUCCAGCUGAAUGGGAUUCUGGGACUGUGGUGGAGAUGUAUCUUGGUGCCUGGACAGUCACACUGGUUCAAAGAGCCUGAUCCCACAAUGGUUACCCAGUGUGUGAGCUUCACUCUGCCACAACAGUUUGAUCCCAAGUAUAAGGAACCAGGGAACCAUAACAGUGGAGAAGACCUUUUGAGGACCUACCUGUGGAGAUGUCAGUUCCUACUGCCCCUUGUGUCCCUGGCCCUGGUCUUCCUCAGCGGGCUGAUCGGGGUGUGCGCCUGCCUGUGCCGCAGCCUCACCCCCACCCUGGGAGUGGGAGUACUCCACCUACUGGCAGGACUGUGUUCGCUAGGGACUGUGUGCUGUUUCCUGGCUGGGAUGGACCUGCUCCACAGGGCCUCAGACCUGCCCAAGGGUGUGGAUGGCUCACUAGGCUGGUCCCUCUACCUGGCCCUCAUCUCCUCUCCACUACAGAUGAUGUCUGCUGCCUUGUUCCUGUGGGCUGCAAGGAGCCACCGACAGACCUACACCCGUAUGACCGCCUACAGGGUGGCAUAGAGGAUCAAGAAAUUCAUUACCCACAAGGUCACUGCCUACAGGAAAACAUCAAGGGGCAAUGUCAAAUGAACUACAAUAACCACAACUAGUAGCAUAGCCAAGUAGGUUGUCAUGGCAAUCCUAAAUACAGACCUUAUGGAGUGAAACUAAGAACCACUUCAUCUAAUACUCACCUGAAUGAAAAUAGGGUUUAAAAUCCCAUAUUCCACCUAAAAGCACAACCGUGCUGAAUCCUACCUUUUGCCAGUACAACCUUAAAUUGGGCAUAAUCCACAAAAACAGUUUUAUAUUGGACGUUUCUCUCACCAAACCUAUACCCACACCCAUUAUGAAUAAUGGUUUCUUUAGAAUUGAUGUUUUCUACUUAGUUUUAUUUUUUCUGUACACUUCGAUUCAAGAAAAAUAAUUGUGAAAUUAAAUGCAUACAUUUCUUGCCUUUAUCUGUUGCCAUCACUCCUAAACUAUUUACAGUAGCUUGCUGAAUGUAUGCAUGAUUAGGUUACUUCAGCCAUUAUGUGGAUGUUCCCAAAUGUUUUUUGUUUUAUUUCUGUAAAUUAUUGAACCUUCUAGAGACUAUUUAACCUACUUUUAUCUAUGAUCUGAUCAGAUAAUAAUCGGUUUCAUACAUUUUCGUGGUAUAUGCUGAUCGAAUGUCACUUACCGGAAUGUAACCACUCCCUCAAAAUUAUUGUCACUUAUGAUUAUGGAUGUUUAUUUAAAUGUAAACCAUCCUUGCUCAUUUAAUACCACUCCAGCUAUCUUCUUAUCUUAUUUUUUUCAGACUGCAAUAACCCCCAUGUUAGCUUGGGAAAAGGAUACCUCACUCAACAAUACAGUUUACUGUGGUGUGAAUUGUGGAUUUUAUAAGUGUUUUAUAUAUAGUACAGCCUAAAGCACACAGUGUAUUUGUGUGUGUAUGAAUACAUUUUCAAUAAAUGAAUUGAGGCUGCUUGACUUGAUGAUUCAGCAAGAACUAAACCGUUUUAAGGAUUAAGUCUGAACAAC